GCCUCUUUUUUGCCUGCAUUUGUUUCGUCUGACAGCGGCGGGACGUUACCAGGAUCUAGAAAGAGUCGAGGCAGUCGCACGCCCUUUAAAACUAUGUAGAGAUGGAGUUCAUGAAACUGAUCGGAACUGUUUUGGCAGUUUGUUUCCAUCCCAGCUGCGCGUCAGGCGCUUUCGGUGAUCAGAGGAUAUGCCGAAGAGGGACGGAGAAACCCUGCUAUAAGAUCACACUCUUCCAGGACAGCAGGCUCAGAGCCAGCUUCGAGGCAGCCCGACAGAAGUGCUGGGAGGAAGAUGGAGAGCUGCUCAGCAUCGAGACCGAGAACGAGCAGCGUCUGGUGGAGAGAUUUGUGCAGACGCUCCGGGCCUCCGAUGGAGACUUUUGGAUAGGGCUACGGAGGAGCUCACAGUAUAAUGUUGACUGUUCAUCACAGUAUUACUGGCUGGAUUAUAGUCAGGCCACAUUCAGGAAUUGGCUGGUGGCAGAGCCCUCGUGUGGCCUUGAUCAGUGUGUGGCGCUAUUUUACCGGCCCUCAUCUUCUGCUGGCCAGAAGGAGCACAGUCUGUUUAAGUGGACUGACUACAAUUGCAAUUCCAAGAACAAUUUCAUCUGCAAGUACUCAGACGAGAAGCAUCCUGUCCCCACUUCUGCAGGAAAUAUCACUACACACACAGGUAUCAUUGACUUUACUCUGGUGCCAAAGCACCCGCCAAUUACAGUGGACAAUGACAGCAUAAAAACUGAACUCUCAGAGUCUUCAGUUUCUAUUUCAGAAGACAAAAUCAAUAUUUUCUACACCCUCCUUGCCAUUCUGCCUGUAGUGCUGCUGCUGAUUUUACUGGUGUCUGGGUUCUUCUGUUACAGAGUUAUGACAAAGAGGAGAAAAGAGCAGAAUGAAAUCUACGCAGUGCCAGGACAGUGGGUGCGUCCUUUAGCACCAAAGAGCCAAACUGAUUAUAAACACACCGACAAUUUCAACCAGUGUGGAGCUCAUCUGGAGUACAUGAGCUCUGAGAUUAACAGAACAUUUAGUGUGCCAUCAAGCAGUCAGUUUGAGGAAUACGAAAAUGUCCCGAGCACCACAACGCAGUGCGGUUUUGUCACAAAUGACAUCUAUGAGACCUGCCGGAGCGCAUCGCGUGUUGAGGCCGGAUGGGUAGAGAAUGACAUCUACGGAUAGUUAAAAAGUGUACACUGAAGCCUAUACUUCCAUUUUUACAUGUACACUAAGAUAUGUGUACAGAUCUGCAAUUUUUUUAUCAGCACAAUAUGCACACCGCCAAUCUUUCUAAAUUAGCCCACUGUCCGUGUGAUACAAUUUUCAUUAUCAGGAGGUUCUUGUAGUACACAAAGGUGCUACAGACUAGGCAGCAGUCGAAAACAAGUGGAAAAGGCAAUAUAAAACAACAUGUCAAACAGAAGACAAAUAUUAAUGCUACAAUGGAUUAAAACACAUUUGCGCAAGGCGAAAAGAGAAGAGUUUCAGAAAGUGGCAUCAUUUAACUAAAGUUUUGAAGGAGUACAAAGACGUUUACAGAGGAAAUGUUCCGCAAGCAAUAAAGCUCAGUGAUGACUGGAGUAUAAAAAAAUGCUGCGCUUGAGUAUAUUUUGAAACCUGUGUGGACAUGGCUGUGCGUAAAAGGAUGCUGUACUGUAUGUGGAACUGCAUGAUAUUUCACUACAUCAGGUGAAAAACAACAUGUGACAAAAGAAAUUGAUCUGAAUUCACAGUACAUUAAAAACAUUAGGCAAAUUUCCUGGAUGACCCAGCUGGAAAAAGAAACUGAAGUUGUUAAAGAACAACAAACUGCUGAAGACAGCAAAAACAACAGACGUGUAUGCGAGGAGAACAGAAGACUCCUGAAACUCAAAAAGGACAAAGACAUUUUAUCACUGUUAAAAGGAUAGUUCACCCAAGAAUGAAAAACAAAAAUGUUAAUUUACUUACCCUCAGGACCAAUAAAGAUGUGGGGGACUUUUUUCUUCAGUUAAACAAAAAAUACGAUUUUUUAUUAGCUGAAUCCCUAUUACUUGGUGAUUCGUAAAAUUUAAGGCCCAAUCCCAAUUCUACCCCUUAGCCUUUUCCCUUACCCCAAUUCUCUUUCGCUUUAAAAAAGAUAGAUAGCCCUUGAAACAGAUUUUCCAGGAACACACUCGAAACCAAGGGGUAUAAAAAUUUCCCAGAAUACACCAUCUCCAACAGCAGCAUAGCUGUACACGGAAGUAAGGAAAUGCACAAAUUAGUAUUUUUGUUAUCCUUAAGAACAAACAAGCAUAUGUUUUAAUACAUUCAUAACAUCGUUCGUGUUUACCAUCAUGCUAAAAUCAAGUAAAAACCACUAAAUAUAUCUAUAAUCCAUAAUGAUAAAUCGUGUAUUGUAAUCCCACUACAUACUUUCUCAUCUGUUACUCGAUGACACUCGAAUAUCCUGUCAGAAAAGUCUUGUGAUUGGGAAUAAGCUUUUUACAGUGUCUGGUAUAAUGUUAACAUUGUCUACACGUGUUUACAUAGAUGAAUAUGGCCAUGGUGUUAAUGCGCAGUUCAGUUAUGAGCUUAUUACCACAUUAUAUCGUUAAGAUAACAUGAUAUCGUUGUCUUCAGUAAUGUCCUGAAGAUAAAUGGCAAAAAAAACACACACACACACACAACUGGAAUAACUACAGCAGUCGCCAUUGUCAAUCUCAUAUGAAGCAAGAGAUUGCGAUGACAUAUGCUGGCAUGUGCAGGUACUGUAGUGCUGUCUUAUUUCUUAGGGAUACAUUUGAAGCCCUUCCUCUUCACACUCUGUUUCAAGGGCCAAGGGGAAGUGGUAGGCGUACAAAAAUAGAAUUGGGAUUGGGCCAAAGUCAAUGUGUUACCCAUUUUUAUGAUAGUCAACACUACACAAAACUCAACAAUAGGCAUUAUUUCCCUUGCACCAAGCAUGGACGCAAUUGUCACCCCAUCUGGAGUUUUCCCAACUGCCCACACUCACAUUGCAUUUUUAAACUCUUGCAUCAUCGACGUGACUGUUUAGAACAGGGAUGGACACUUCGCUCUUGGAGGGCCACUGUCCUGCAGAGUUUUACUCCAACACUAAUCAAACAUACCUCAACAUGCUAAACCAUGUCUUCAAGAUCACUUGCAAGCUACAGGCAUGUGUGCUUGAUUAGGAUUGGAGCUAACCUCUGCAAGGCAGUGGCCCUCCAGGACUGAAGUUGCUCAUCCCUGGUUUAGAAGAAAACAGGAAGAGAAGCGCUCUCUCUCAGUACAAUAGAGAUUGCUUUAGUUAUAUUGUUGUGUAUUAUUUUGAGUCAUUUGGGACACAGUGACACCUGGUCAAAUGUUUUGAUGAAGCAGAUCCAAGACUUUUGAUGGUCAUACAUUUUUAUAAACAUUAUGUUGCUGCAUUUGUUAGGAGGUUUGCUGAAGGUGGCAGCUAAAGUACAGUGAGGAGUUUGCAUCUUUGAUUCUUUGACAAGGAAGGAUGAGUUAGUCCUUGAUCACACCGAACACAUUUGAAAGUUGAAAGCUCCUUUUUCGAAUGAUCUACUAAUGGCUGCGAUUGCUUUGCAUGCUGCUUGAGUUCUAACGGCAUGUUCCGCCUCACGUUUUUGCCGUUGCGCUGUGCGCCUGCAAAAAACUAAACUGUCAGUUGUGUCUUUUUCAUUCUCUAAACAAAUUAAAGCAGAGGCAGGGUUUCCGUUGAGGUGAUAGCAGUGUUUUUGUUGUCAAGAUGACUACAGAGACUUUUAAAGAUGGAGGAGAGACUUGUGGUCACUGUUUCCAGUUAUCCGUAGUUGCUUGACUUCACAAAUCUUGACUAUUGCAAAAGGGCAUCAGGGUGGGUAGCAUGAUUGCCUCACAGUAAGAAGGUCGCUGGUUUGAGCCCCGGCUGGAUCAGAUGGCAUCUCUGUGUGGAAUUUGCAUAUUCUCCCCAUGUUCACGUGGGUUUCCUCCGGGUGCCCCGGUUUGCCCCAAAGUCCAGAGACAUGCGCUAUCCGCUUGUUAAGUUGUGAUGUAUGGACUAAUAAUAUUAUGAAUUUUAUAUAAAAUCAUAGUGUACACAUCGGUCUCUGGCCUUGCUGCAUCCCAAAUACCGAAACUUUAACAAUUUAUAAAACAUUUAUCACUUUCUGGACAUCUGAUAUUAGGUGUUGAUAUAUGCCUUGCGAUCGUGAUUUUCGAAAGUAUUUCACCGCUUUGUAAAUGUUUAUUAUUACCAUUUGAUAAGUCUCCCCAGUUUGAUAUACAGCACUUGGACCCGGAAGCCGCUUUGCGUGACGUCACACUUAACAAUCGGUUAGGUGAAUUGGGUGAGCCAAACUGGUCGUAGUGUAUGUGUGUGAAUGCAAGAGUGUAUGGGUGUUUUCAUAAGUUGGCGGUUCAUUCUGCUGUGGCAAUAAUAAUAAAAAGACUAAGCCGAAAAGAAAA